AUGCAACAUGUAGAUUAUGAGUUGGUGUACGACCCAGGAAAGGACGAAGCAGACCCCUUAGACUUCCUCUCCAGACACCCUCUGCCUGAGACAGGAGAUGACAAAACUGAGGAGAUCAUCCGAUGGAACGUGAAUGCAGAGCAUGCUGUGGUUGUCACGCAAAUCAGAGAGGAAACCCAGAAAGAUGAGAUCAUGCAGCGAUUGGCCAAGAGGAUCUCUAAAGGGGACUGGGAGAAACACAAGAGAGAUAAAGACCUUGAACCCUACCUACAUAGAACACUGAACAGUACUGCCACCUACACUCCAGAGAAAAGUGGUCAGACUAGGACACAGCCUAGGACACUUAGGAAAAACCAAGACCAAGCAAAUGCUAAGAGAGAAGUACUGGUUCCCUCUGAUGAACAGCAUGAUAGACACAGAGAAGAACCAAUCAAGGUGACCAACAUCCCAAACCGACCUUGGGACACAGUAUCCAUUGACCAUGGUGGACCAUACCCAGAUGGUCACUACAAUCUCGUCCUGAUUGACAAAAGAACCAGGUAUCCAGUGGUAGAGUCAGUACCAUCAACUGACUUCCAGACUAAUAAGGAGAGAUUGAAGCACAUCUUCGCCACCUAUGGAACUCCGAGGAGAAUUGAGAGCGACAAUGGACCCCCGUUCAAUUCUAAAGAGUUCAAUGAAUUUGCAGAGCAGGAAGGAUUUCAGCACCAUAGGGUGACGCCCCUUCACCCAAGAGCAAACGGAGAAGUAGAGAGAUUCAUGCAAACCCUAAACAAGACCGAACAAAUUGCAAGUCUGCAAGGCAAAAACCGUCUUGAGAGGAGAAAUGCGGUUCAAGACAUGCUUACUGCUUACAGAUCGACACCGCACCCAGCUACUGGAGUCACACCUUAUGAAGCCCUUAAGGGGACAUCCGUGAGAACGAAGUUGGAUUACAAUGAACCUGAACCACAAAGGAAUGAGAAGGAUGACUUAGUUGACUGCAGAGAUGCAGAGUACAAGCAGAAAAUGAAGCAACAGAGAGAAGGGAGAAAGACCAGAGAGAAUAAUCUGCUACUAGGAGACUAUGUGCUUGUCAAGCAGCCGCGGAAGAACAAGUGGAGUACACCCUAUGAACCUGUGUUCUAUGUUGUGUGCAAUAUUCAUGGUUCCCAAAUAACCGCCAGACGUGUCACAGAUGGAUGAACAGUCUGCCGAGAUGCCAGCCAAUUUAAGCUAGCAAAUGCAGUUAUCAACACCUCCGAUGAACCAGAGAAGAGUGAGGAAGCACAAACACCACAGGCAGUUCCAGACCUCGAGAUCCCAGAGAAGGUGAAUCCACCAAGUGUACCACCUGAUACAAGAGCAAAUGCAGAGAAACCACCCAGUACAGAGAUAUUGGUAAUACCGGAACAGGAAACUGAAUGGAAACAAGGAACAGAGCCUAACCAGCCAGUGAAUAAACCAGCAGUGAUGAGACCCAGACGGGAAAGGCACCAGCCCUCACAUUUGAAAG